AUGUCCCCGGACGAAACGUCCCCGGACAAAAUGUCCCCCGAAAAGGCCCCGGACAAAAUGUCCCCAGCUGCCAUCACUCAGCCGUGUGACUGCGCAGGAAUUCCACACUUUGCCGAGAAUCGCUACGGCUUGGCUAUUGUCUAUGAUGAGGUUAUAGACGCUACAGCAACAGGUCUCGUACCGUACGGUGUUACCCAAGAGAUACCUGUGCUGGGAACAUUAAUUGCUGAGUUCAGUGCCCAAGAAACGAAAACGAGAGCACCAGUGUACGUUGUAAAAGGGUCGCAGACAUCCCUUUUGAGCUACCAGACAGCCACAGAACUACAACUCGUCAGCGUUGUGCAGAACAUUGCCGAGAAGUCUUCGGUCGACGCCGUAAAGGAAUUUCCAAAGCUGUUUGAUGGACUCGGUAAGCUCAAGGACUUCCAAGUGAAACUAGAGAUUUCGAAAGACCUGCAGCCCGUCGCCCGUCAGCACCGGCGGAUUCCCUUUCGGUUAAGAAAAGCGCUAGAAGCUGAGCUGUCACGGCUGGAGGAACUCGACAUCAUCGAGUCAGUGACAGGACCGACACCAUGGGUUUCCCCUGUCGUCCUAGUUCCCAAGCCUCGGAACGACGGAGCGGUGAGAAUGUGCAUCGACAUGCGAGAACCCAACACAGCAAUCACGCGCGUUCGUCAUGUCAUGCCUACCGCAGAAGACAUAGUAAACAUACUCAACGGAGCUGCAUACUUCUCGAAGCUUGACCUCAAUGAGGGCUACCACCAGCUUGAAUUAAACGAAGAGUCAAGAGUCAUAACCACCUUCGCCACACACUGCGGUCUCGGAAGAUAUAAACGAUUACUCUUUGGCGUGAAUGCCGCAGCAGAAAUAUUCCAGGACGCAAUCAGACAAGUCCUGCCAGAUGAAGAUGGCAUCAUCAACGUAAGCGACGACAUCCUAGUGUCAGGGCGCACAAUCCAAGAGCAUGACCGCCGUCUGCGCUUAGUGCUGAAACGUCUUGAAGAUGCAGGACUCACGCUCAACAAGAAAAAAUGUGUCGUCGGUGCUGGAGUCCUCAAAUUCUUCGGACAUGUGUUUUCGGCCGGGGGAGUGAGUGUCGACCCAGACAAAGUAGCAGCAGUAGCUGAAAUGACACCGCCGAGAAACCCGACCGAAGUCAGGAGCCUUCUCGGAAUGGUUAACUACUGCGGCAGAUUCAUCCCUCGCCUAGCCGAACUCGUAGAGCCCCUGAGAAGCCUGACACACAGGGACGCCGAAUUCUCCUGGACAACAAAACACCAAGAGGCACUUGACAAAGUGAAGAAAGCCAUGUCCCAAGCGCACACUCUGGCGUACUUUGACGACAGCAAAGACACAUAUCUCCUCACCGAUGCUGGACCUGAUGGAUUAGCCGGCGUUUUGGUCCAAGAGAGAAAAAGGGACAAGAUACCCAGUAUCUUGGGGUACUACAGCAGAGCACUGAACCCGACUGAGAAGCGAUAUCCUCAGAUUGACAAGGAAAUGCUUGCAAUUGUGUCGGCUAUCGAACACUUCCGAGUAUACCUCGCUGGGGGACACUUCACAGUAAAGACAGACCAUCUACCGUUGGUGUCCAUCCUGAGAAACCCCAGUGCAAAACUGUCAGCAAGACUCCGAUUGCAACACUACCGGUUCGGGAUCCAGCACAUCCCGGGAAAGGACAAUCCUGCGGAUUAUUUGUCCAGGCAUCCGCCUUCCUCACCGCAAGAAAUCAAGCCUUACCGAGAAACAGACGCAGUUGAAGAAUACGUCUACUUUGUAAUGAAGGCAUCCACGCCAAACGCACUAACCGUGCAUGACAUCGAAGAUGCAUACAUGAACGAUGCGCAGAUGAUUAGUUUAAUCAGCGCACUACGGGCAGAUGAUCGAAAGUCUCGUGAACGCCUGUGGAAAGAUGAAAAGCUAAAACCUUUUGCCCAAAUCAAGGGCGAGCUAACUGUCACUGACAGCAACAUAGUCCUGAGAGGAACUCGUCUGGUGAUCCCCGAGAAAGCCCAAAUGCAGGUCAUCCAGCUUGCCCACCAGGGACGCCAGGGUCUGGUGAAGACUAAACAGCUGAUACGAGAGAAAGUGUGGUUUCCAGGCAUAGACCAGAAGACGGAGGCCGUGAUGAAGAGCUGCGCAGCCUGUCAAACAACUGUCGAGGAGAAGAGGGUUUCGCCCCUGAUGAUGACUCCACUACCCGAUGGGCCAUGGCAGUCAAUUGCAGCAGACUUUGCAGGACCCUUGCCAGGAAACAGCUACCUGCUGGUGGUCGUGGACGAGUACUCACGAUUCCCCAUCGUUGCGACGUUGUCUUCACUGACUACCACAGCGGUAACGGCAAAACUCAACGAUAUAUAUUCGCAGUACACGGCUUACCACAUGUACUGA